AUGAGCUGGAGCUUCCUCACCAGGCUGCUGGAGGAGAUCCACAACCACUCCACCUUUGUGGGGAAGCUGUGGCUGACUGUGCUCAUCGUCUUCCGAAUCGUGCUCACCGCUGUGGGCGGCGAGUCCAUCUACUACGAUGAGCAGAGCAAGUUUGUGUGCAACUCGGGCCAGCCGGGCUGCGAGAACGUGUGUUACGAUGCCUUUGCACCGCUCUCGCACGUGCGCUUCUGGGUCUUCCAGAUCAUUCUGGUGGCCAUGCCCUCGCUGAUGUACCUGGGCUACGCAAUCCACAAGAUCGCCCGGUUGGAGGAGGUCAAAGCAGGCGCCGAGGGUGGAAGCGGCUACACGCUGCGCCGGCCGCGCAAGAUUUUCUUUGGGGGUCGACGGCAACACCGGGGGCUGGAGGACGGCGAGGAUGACCAGGAGGACGACCCCAUGAUCUACGAAGUGCCUGAGCUGGAGACACGGCCGGAGCCUCGGCGCGGGAGACCCAAGGUGCGCCAUGACGGACGCCGGCGCAUCAAAGAAGAUGGGCUCAUGCGCAUCUAUGUGCUGCAGCUGGUGUCACGCACACUUCUUGAGGUAGCCUUCCUGGCGGGCCAGUAUGCCCUCUAUGGCUUUGCUGUGCCACCUGUCUUCGUGUGUUCAGGCAAUCCCUGCCCCCACCGGGUGGACUGCUUCGUGUCUCGGCCCACUGAGAAGACCAUCUUCCUCAUCAUCAUGUAUGGAGUGACUGUGCUCUGCUUGGUGCUCAACGUGUGGGAGAUGCUGCACCUGGGCGUGGGCACCAUCUGCGACAUCCUGCGCCGACGUCGCUGCCCGCCUCAGGAGGAGGAGUACCAGCUGGGCUCGCUGGGACCGGGCUUGGGUGUCCGGGGGCCCGGCCUUCCUAGCAGCGAGGCAGGAGCAGGGGGCAUCGAGGGAGACUACGGCAGCUACCCCUUCUCCUGGACUGCCCCAUCGGCGCCACCUGGCUACAACAUUGUCGUGAAACCUGAACAGAUCCAGUUUACGGACCUGAGCAAUGCCAAGAUGGCCUGUAAGCAGAACCGGGUCAAUAUCGCCCAGGAGGAGCAACAGCAGUUUGGAAGUAACGAGGACAACUUCCCCACGGGGGAGGCGCGUGUCUCUCUGCACAAGGAGAUCCGACAGGCUCAGGAGCAGAUGGAUGCUACCAUCCAGGCCUACAGCCACCAGCACCACGAGGAGGCCGACAAGCCCCAGAGCAACUUGGGCCAGCCUCCGUUGGAGCAGCGGCACCAUUCCGGCUCCAAGCACGGGGGAAGCAAAGGCAAGGGCAGCAGGGGCAGCAGCAGCAGCGGUAGCAACAAGUCUUUGGAAGGGAAGCCCUCGGUGUGGAUUUGAUGUCCCUUCUCACCAGCUACCCUCUUU